CGUAGACUACGUAUUCGCAGACUCGUCGCAUCGAAUCGUUUCACAACUGAGAACAAAAUAUGAAAGAUUGAUCGAAAAUCACGUAAUAUUUUCGUAUGAGGUGGGGUAGGUUUCAAGGAGAAGAAGAAGGAUCAUGACGUCGACGGACAACUCACAGUUAGCUGCCUCUCACAGGAGGGCGCUCUUGGUUGCCGUGGCAGCGACCUGUAGCGAAGCAGGCUUCACAACGGGAGAUGAAGACUGCCUGGAGACGCUGGCAGAAAUCAUGCAAAGCUAUAUCACAGAGUUAGGACAGAGCAGCCGAGCGUACUGUGAGCUUGCUUGUCGCUCGUUGCCGAUGGUUACUGAUAUCGGCAUGGCGAUGUCUCAAUCGGGAGUGGAUGCCUCAGAACUCAAGCAAUUCGCUCGCAGGAAAAAUAAGAUCAUCAUUCCUAAACAGGACAGACUGCGUCCGACCUCUGACCCAUCAGGUCUGCAAGUAGGUCAACGUAACAAACAUCCCUCAUACAUCUAUGAUCAUCUUCCGGCAUUCCCAGACUCGCAUACAUACAUCCAGACUCCGACCUUCAAGCCUCAAGACAAUGAUUAUAAGACGGUCCGAGAGAAGGCUGCCUCACAGCGCCGUGAUGUCGAGAGAGCCUUGACGAGAUUCAUUGCUAAAACGGGAGAUAACCAAACGCUCUUCCCCGGUGACAGCAACCUCUUUCCAUUGAUAGCCUGUACCCCUUCACCCGUACCGUACCUUGACGCCCUCAUACCUUCAGAGCAUGACGUCCUGGAGGAACCCGAAGAAAACCAAACUCUAGAGGGCGACAUGAAAUCGGCGGACGAGAGUGAGGAGAAGCGAGAUUCUGGAGAUGCUGAAGGAAAACCGAAAGGUACGGAAGACGAUGGAGGAUCAACGCCAGCGAAGAGACGGCAUGACCCAGAGGUCAUUGAUAAUCCGUUCCUACGGGAACCAAAACGUCCGCGGUACAAGAAAAAGAAGUGAUCCAUUACUUGCUAGGACAAUUGAGAUGGACUCUGUACAUGUAACUUUUAUGUCCAAGAAAUUAAGGAAGAGGACAGCAUGAAUAUUUUGAAACAUGGCUAAAACAUCGUAGAGGUGUCAUGGUCGAGUGGAUAUGUCACUGUACUGCAGAUCACAAGGUACAGGGUUCGAGUCCUGCGCGGCACUAAUGUCCUUUGUACAGACAUUAAUCUACAUUUGCCACUCUCCACCCAUGUGUUGAAUGGGUACCCGGUAGGAUGCGAAAGUUAAUGUGGUUAGAUGAGUGUGCGUUUAAAUGACGUCUGGCUGGAAUGCUCCCCAGGGAGUGGAAAUGUGCAUAUAUUGUGUGCAGGUAAGCCUGAAUUUGAUGACCGGGGUAAUAAUAGAUCUGUAAAGCGCUUUGAGAGGGCCUGCGGUCCUGUAAAGCGCUAUAUUAGAAAGAACUAUUAAUAUCAUUCCAGGCACAAGACAACAAAGUGAUUGACAGUGUGAGAGCUAGGACAGUUGGCAGUCUCCAUCUGCAUUGUGAUGUCAUAAUUCGCUGACACCAGACUUGUGUAAAUACCAUUGAUGGGUGUACAAGUCUUGCACACAGCGAACCCGUGGUCCCAUCGAGAAAUACCCCCUAGUCUCUUCGGAAGUCAUCGGGUGAUGGAAAUGUCAGAUAAUGACUUUAAUACCAUAUGGGGGAAUGGGUGGAAAAGGCAGAGUAUUGUUGGUCAUAAAACUGAAGACAAAUCCUUGUAGUUGACAACACCCUUUAUUGAGCUAUCGUGCCUCCUGUGUGCAUUACGUAAUCCUUUCGGGAAAAGUGAAGUCCAUACUCUGUGUGGGACAUCACCUGUGAUCGGGUGGAUACCUAAAUGGUGUCGUAGUCUUCUUGAGAACCCCAAUACAGUGAAACUUCAGUAUAACAAGGUCCUUGGGACCCUGGAAAUUGACUUGUUAUAUCAGAACAAAAUAUAUAAUGAGCUUCGGCCAGUAAAAUCACCUUGUUAUAACAGAUACCUCGUUAUAUUAGAGCUCUUUAUAAUGAGGUACAGGGGGAAAAAUACACAGGGGCUCGGGGCGAAGUAGCCCCCGAAAUGCCAGAAAGAACCCCCGAAAGUGAAAAAAGAGCCCCCCCAAAAGUUCAAUGCAAAACAAAAUACAGAGUGUUAUUUUCAUGCAAGCAAGCUUGAAAAGUAGCCCCCAAAAUUUGUAGAGUAUUUUUUCCCUGAUGAGGUUCCACUGUACAUUGUACUAUGUGUAUAUUUAAUACCCAAGGUAUAGAAGAUAGAGGGGUCAGCCGACUAGAUUGAUUGAAACCUUGCCAGAGCUACUUUGUAACGGUGUGAAUAAACAGCAGUAAUUAAAGACGUCUUUUUUAAACAAAA